AUGAAGUUCUUCCUUUUUACCUGCCUUUUGGCUGUUGCUCUUGCAAAGCAUGAGAUGGAACAUGUCUCCUCCAGUGAGGAAUCUAUCAACAUAUCCCAGGAAAAAUAUAAGCAGGGAAAGAAUGUGGUCCUUCAUCCCAGCAAGGAGAACAUUUGUUUCACAACCUGUGAGGAACCUGCUGAAGUUCCCAGGGAGAAAGUUAAGGUUACUGUGGAAGAUAAGCAAUACCUGAAACAACUGAGCAAAAUAAGUCAGUUUUAUCAGAAGUUCCCCCAAUAUAUCCAGGCUCUAUAUCAAGGUCCAACUCUUAUGAACCCAUGGGUUCAAGUUAAGAGAAGUGCUGAGCCCUUUAUUCCCACUGUGGUGAGUGCUCAGCUCUCUACCAGUGAGGAAAAUUCAAAGAAGACUGUUGAUAUGGAAUCAACUGAAGUACUCACUAAGAAAACUACAUUGACUGAAGAAGGAAAGAAUUGCCUAAAAUUUCUGGACAAAAUCAACCAAUAUUAUCAGAAAUUAACCUGGCCCCAGUAUCUCAAGACUAUUUCUCAGUAUCAGAAAACUAUGAAGCCGUGGAAUCACGUUAAGACAAAUGUUAUCCCCUAUCUGGAUUACAGCGGCAAUCCUGACAGUCCUUACCCAGUUAACCCAACUCUGAAUAUUCCUUAUCCCAUACCAGACAGUGAUUUCACUCCUCCUGUCUAUCCUACAAGGAAUAAGUUCCCCAAUUACCCUGGGAAUCCUGACCGUGAUGCCGGGGUACCCUCAUAUCCCUGGGUUCUCACUGCUCCUGGAGCCCUCCUCUACCACAUUUCUAGUUUUCCCAUACCUUCUUGGUUGUCCCAUCAUCCGCCCACUCCUUGGGCUUUCCGCCUUCUUCCUCCCUCAAAAAGACCUAUGGGACCUUAUUUCCCACCUGAUACAGCUGCACCUACUGCAGCCGAUCCAUAUGUACUUAAGUCUCUUGCCCCACCUACUACAAACCCACCUUCUAUCCCAGAGACUGAGCCACCUGCUGUGACAGAGCCUGAUGAAGCAGAUAUUGCAGCAGCUGCCCCAGGACCUCAGUCCUCUAUUUCUCUUGACCAGGAAUAA